AUGCCUUCCAAGGCUUUCACCUAUUUCUACACCGCGUACGCCCUCGUCACCGUCCCGGCAUGGCUAGCGGCUGUGGCGAUUUACUACAUCCCCAGAUUCCUCCGGCCCAACCCGGUGUGGACAUACAAAACCGCAUUGACAUGCAGUCUCUGGAAUGUGGUGAUGAAUUAUUGGACGACGGUUCAGAAACUCUGGCCCAAGCCACUGGAAGCCGGUCCAUUGGGGAAUCGAUUCAUUGUGCUCCACCCCCAGAAGACCAUUCCCACGAAGACCGACAAAGAAGGCGGCCAACAAUCCAAAGAAGUCUACACAGGAAUUACUCGCUCCGUACCAGGAGUUAAUCCCCUACCCGUAGGAGCCGUCUGGUACCCAGAGGCCCCAGCAGAACCUCCCCGACGACUUAUCAUCCACUUCCACGGGAGUGCCUACGUGAUGUUCGGGAGUCGUCCGGAAGAAACCGGCGAUGUAGGGAUUAAUGAACUCAGCAAAUGGUCUGGAUGGCCCGCGCUGGCCAUUCAAUACCGCUUGUCGCGGGAUAAGACAACAACAUUUCCAGCGGCACUGCAGGAUGGAAUCACAGCGUACGUGUAUGCCCUCGAGAUACUGAAGAUCCCGGCCUCGCAGAUCGCCUUCGCGGGCGACUCGGCCGGCGGCAAUCUCGUCCUGGCUCUGCUCCGCUACAUCAACGAGGAGAGGAACCCAGCAGUACUUCCGUUACCUCGCUGUGCAAUUCUGUCGUCUCCGUGGGUCGAUCUGCGCGCGAAUGCCAUUGACGAGGUGCCCCGGAAUCGCAAUUACCACUCCGACUAUGUCAAACAUAAUUUCCUGGCCUGGGGCCGGGAGGCCUUCACCCCGGAAGAGUGGGAGAGCAAUCAUCCCUGGAUCACAUUUCUCGGAAACGAGACGCAGCUGGGGAUCCCGGUCUUGGUUAAUACAGGAACAUCGGAAGUGCUGUAUGAUGGGAUCAUGCAGUUUGCGGAGAAUUUGAGGCAGAAGGGGAAUGAGGUGGAAGUACUUGAAAGUCUGAAUGCAGCCCAUAUUCCUUAUCAGCUUGGUAAGGAUUGGGAUUUGGAAGAAGUUCAGGCGGUUUGCUUGGCGACUAUGACGAGAUAUCUUGAGAAAUCUGGUCGUUAG